CAACAUACAGCUCCUAGUCCUAGCUAGGAUGUGUCCACGCGAUGUGUCACGCACUGAUGGGGCCAGUGCCAAGCCAACGAACCAGCCAGUCAUCGACUAAUCACCAUAUACGAACGGCGCAUCUGCCUAUUUAAAAGCCAAACACAAAUCGCCGCUUGCACUUGCACAUGCUUUGUCCACCACCUUGCAUUGUGUUCCCUGCCUGCCUUCCUAGGUUUUUCCUCCCUCUUCAUCAAAAGGGUUUUGUGCUUCUGACGCUGAUGCUCUGAGUACGUACUUCCAUGCCUGUCCGCCCGCCUAGCCUAACAACGCCCAGAGUUACUCAACAACUUGGAUGCAACUCUUUCUUUGGGAUUUUUAGGCAAGGCAGAGAAGCUCUACCGAUUUCAUUUCGUUAUUAAGAUACACAAAGGUGAAAUAUAAAGCCAAAUCUGCUGAUCGCCUGCUGGUCCAGCGCGACAUGGACAGUUUGGCUUUGGCACUACUAAGUUUGCAGAAAGACAUCGAUUUGCACUUGAAAGUUAGGAUGGUGACUUGGAUGAUGUAUAGUUGUACUCCACUUAGUUCUCACACUCGCUCUGUGCAGGUGCCGUCUGAGCGAGCCAUGGAAGCCAACACAAGCAGCAAGACCGGCGAGGUGCCGUCCCUCCUCGCCAACGUCGAGGUUUCCCAUCUCGACGGCUUCGACACCACCACCCCGAUGCAGAGCCCCAGACCGGUGCUUCACCCCGACACGGGCCGCCCCGCCCGGAUGCGCCCGCCGGAGCGCGUGGCCCCGCGCAGCGAGGCGGUGAUCCCAGCUUUCGACUCGCCGUUCAACCCGCCGGGGCAGCGCUCGGGGCACCUCGUGUCGAUCAGCCUGCCAUCGUCGCCGACCGGCUUUGGCGAGCCCCUCGUGGCGCCCGGCGGCGACUUGCACGAGCGGAAGCAGGCCAUGUCCAACGCGGCGCAGGAGCCGGCGCAGAACGUGAGGUUCGCGCAGCCGCACAGGGUGAUGUUCCGGUCGCAGCCGAACCCCGGCGGGGUGCCCACCCACGGCGUGAGACGGAUGGGUAGCCGGGGCGGCAGGACGAUGAACCGGGACAAGCGCUACGACUCGUUCAAGACGUUUUCCGGGAAGCUGGAGCGGCAGAUCACCCAUCUGGCCGGCGGCGGCCUGCCGGUUAGCACCCCCGAAGAGGAGGAGUUCGCCCAGGGACAGGGAGAAGCCGUGAGUGGCGACAACGUUGAUCGCUUCUUCGCCGCACUGGAGGGACCCGAGCUGGACAAACUCAAGUCGUCGGAGGAGCUGGCGCUGCCGGCGGACAAGAAGUGGCCGUUCCUGCUCCGGUUCCCCAUCUCGGCAUUCGGUAUGUGCCUCGGGGUCAGCAGCCAGGCGAUCCUGUACAAGACGAUCGCGACGGCGGCUCCGACCGAGUUCCUGCACGUGAACCCCAAGGUGAACCUGGUUCUUUGGUUCAUCUCCGUGGGGCUCAUGUCCAUCAUCACGGCCGCGUACGCAUUCAAGAUCGUCUUCUUCUUCGAGGCCGUCCGUCGCGAGUACUACCACCCCAUCCGUGUCAACUUCUUCUUCGCGCCGUGGAUCGCGUGUCUGUUCCUGGCCAUGGGCGUGCCCCCCUCCGUGGCCACCCAGCUGCCUACCUGGCUCUGGUACGCGCUCAUGUCUCCGUUUCUGUGCCUGGAGCUCAAGAUCUACGGGCAGUGGAUGUCCGGCGGGCAGAGGCGGCUGUCCAAGGUGGCCAACCCGUCCAACCACCUGUCCGUGGUGGGCAACUUCGUGGGCGCGCUGAUGGGCGCGUCCAUGGGGCUCAAGGAAGGUCCCAUCUUCUUCUUCGGCGUCGGGGUGGCGCACUACACCGUGCUGUUCGUGACGCUGUACCAGCGGCUGCCCACCAACGCGACGCUGCCCAAGGACCUGCACCCGGUCUUCUUCCUCUUCGUGGCGGCGCCGAGCGUGGCGUCCAUGGCGUGGGCCAAGAUCGUGGACGAGUUCGGCGUGGGGGCCAAGCUCGCCUACUUCAUCGCCAUGUUCCUCUACGCGUCGCUGGCCGUCCGGAUCAACUUCUUCAGAGGGUUCAGGUUCUCGUUGUCGUGGUGGGCUUACACGUUCCCGAUGACCGGCGCGGCCAUCGCGUCCAUCCGGUACGCCACCGUGGUGGACAACGCCUUCACCAAGGCGCUGUGCGUGGGGCUGUCGCUGCUGGCCACGCUCGCCGUGACGGGCCUCUUGGCCACCACCAUGGUGCACGCCUUGGUGUUCCACGACCUUUUCCCCAACGACAUCGCCAUCGCCAUCACGGACCGCAAGAUGAAGCCUAUCAUGGAGCUGCAGGAGAGUGGCAAGGACGACGACAGCCGCUCCGGCAGCAGCAGCAAGGACGUGGAGGCCGGCGUCACUGCCGCAGUAGCACCAGAAGCUUGAUGGAGUGGCUACGCGAUAUAUUAUUUGCGUGGAAAUCAAAUGAUGGCGCCAACGAUCGGGCACUUGGUGGGAUAGGAUACGAUACGAUCGUACUGGAGUACAAAAGUUUGCUUGCGCGGUAGUAAAACGGAGAGGAGCUGUCGACGAUAGUCACCGGCAUAGAAUAAGCAAAGAAGGUCUCUUUGGAAUUUGCAAGGAUCUCACUGGAAACCUCCGUUUCCUAAAAGAAUCAUACGACCUCUGCUCUGCUUGGCCGAAAUGAGCAAAUAGCGUCCAUGCAUCUCA